CACAAAUACAACCCAAUUCAGAUACAGUGAUUCUUGCAAUUCCUUCACCUUUUUCAUAUCAGUUCAAGAUCAGCCAUGGCUUCAACUGAGGAAGUUAAGACUGAUACUGAAUCCGGCAAAGAAGCUCCGCCACCACAGCCAGUGCUUCCAAGCACUGCAACUAGCUGGUUCAAAGUUGAUGUGGUUCUUAGAGUCCUCUUGUUCGCAUCAACAGUGACUUCUCUUGUGGUGCUUGUCACCAGCAAGCAAUCUAUUAGCGGCCGAAAGUUCGGCUUGCCGCCUGGAUCGAAAGUCCAGAUCAAGUUCAACAAUUCGCCGUCCUUCAUAUACUUUCUUGUGGCCUUAGCAGUUGCAGGACUUUACAGUAUUGUUACUACUCUGGCAUCAAUUUCUGUUACCCGUAAGCCCCAGUACUCCACAAAGUUCUUGCUCCACUUUGUCUUUUGGGAUGUGCUGAUACUGGGGAUACUUGCCUCAGCCGUUGGCACCGCUGGAGGUGUCGCCUAUGUCGGACUGAAGGGCAAUGACGACGUGCAGUGGAAGAAGGUGUGCAAUAACUUCGACAAGUUUUGUCGACACAUAGGGGCCUCUCUCGCAGUUUCUUUGUGCGCCUCGGUUUUGCUAAUCUUUCUUAUCUGGCUCAAUGUCAACUCCCUCCACAAGAAAAUCCCCAAGUAAAGCUUCAAAGGAUCGUACAUGUAUUGAGUUUGUGUGUUGUCUCAGAUGAUAGUGUUUUGGAUCACUUUGUGUGAAUCUCCUUGUAAAUGUUGUCCCCUUGUGCAGCAUAUCUUAUUCUUGUUUUAUCUUGUGCUGUUUGAUGUUCAUGUAUUCUGUAAUUGGACUUCAUUGAUAGUUGUAUCAGAUUUAUUCCAGUGCUAAAUGGUUCCAGUUAGCUUUGGGUCUUAACCCUGACGAUUCAA